AUGGACCGACAAGAAUUUUUUCAAUCAUAUAUGGAUCAUUGGGGUAUAACUGACGUGCUGUUAGAUUGUUAUGUUGACGUAUUAAUAAUGGAAAUGAUUGGUGAAAACAAAUUUGAUAAUAAUAAUAAUAAAAUGGCACGAUUAAAUUUUUUUAAACAACUACUUUUUGAACAUCAUAUUAAAUGUCGAGAACAGCAAGUAGUCGAAGAUGAAAUUCAUCAAUUAGAAGAAGAACUUAAACGAAUGAAAAAAUAA